AUGGACGAAACCCAAUUCACAGACAACGCACUACAAAUCAUCCAGCGCGCGUCGCAGUUGGCCAAGGACGGCAGCCACUCGCAGGUGGUGCCCUUGCAUUUUUUGGCGGCCAUGGUCCCCACCGAUGAAGAAGGAUCCACGCUCUACCUCAAAACCUUGAUUCAAAAGGCACGGUACGAAUGGCCGGAUUUCGAGCGCAUCGUCAACAGGCACUUGGUGCGGCAGCCGCUGCAGAACCCGCCGCCCGACGACGUGCGGUUGAGCUAUGCUGCGGGCCAGAUCAUUGCCAACUCCAACAAAAUCAAGGCCCAGCAGAAGGACAACUACGUGGCACAGGACCACAUUUUGCUUGCGCUUUUGGACGACGCGUCCAUCAAGGACAUCUUCAAGGAGUGCCAGAUCAACACCGACACCAUCAAGACACAGGCCAUCGAGCUCCGGCGCGGCCAGAAAAUCGACUCGCGCCAGGCCGACUCGUCGUCGUCGUUCGAAUUCUUGAGUAAGUACUGCGAGAACUUGACGGAGAAGGCUCGCGAGGGCAAGAUCGACCCCGUGAUCGGGCGUGAGGAGGAGAUCCGGCGCGUGAUCCGCGUGUUGGCGCGGCGCUCCAAGUCCAACUCCGUGUUGAUCGGCGAGGCCGGCGUCGGCAAGACGUCCAUCGUGGAGGGCGUGGCGCAGCGCAUUGUGGACGGCGACGUGCCCGGGAUCUUGGCCAACGCGUUGCUUUUCGCGUUGGACUUGGGCGCGUUGACGGCCGGUGCCAAGUACAAGGGCGAGUUCGAGGAGCGCAUCAAGGGCGUGUUGAACGACAUCGAGAAGUCGCUGGAGAUGAUCAUCUUGUUCAUCGACGAGAUCCACAUGCUCAUGGGCGACGGCAAGUCCGACGCGGCCAACUUGUUGAAGCCCAUGUUGGCCCGCGGCGCGUUGCACUGCAUCGGCGCCACCACGUUUGCCGAGUACCGCAAGUUCAUCUCCAAGGACGGUGCGUUCGAGCGCCGCUUCCAGAAGAUCGACGUGCCGGCCACCACGAUCCCGGAAACCGUGGCCAUCUUGCGUGGCUUGCAGUCGCGCUACGAGAUCCACCACGGCGUGCGCAUUCUCGACUCGGCGCUCGUCACCGCGGCGCAGUUGGCCUCGCGCUACUUGACCUACCGCAGCCUCCCGGACUCGGCCGUGGACUUGAUCGACGAAACGGCCGCCACCGUGGCCGUGCAGCGGGACUCCAAGCCCGAGGAGUUGGACAGCUUGGAGAGGCAGUUGCAUCUCCUCGAGGUGGAGAUCAACGCGCUCGAGAGAGACAAGGAUGCGGACUCGGACUCGCUCGAGCGCUUGGAGCAGGCCAAACGCAAGAAGGCCGACUUGGAGGAGCGCCUCAACCCCUUGCGCGAGCAAUUCCAGCAGGAGAGGAAGGGCCACGACGAGUUGACCACGCUCAAGCGCAAGCUCGACGAGUUGGAGGUCAAGGCGCAUGACGCCGAGAGAAGGCGCGACAACGCGUCGGCCGCGGACUUGCGGUACUUCGCCAUCCCGGACGUCAUCAAGCAGAUCCAGGAGUUGGAGGUCAAGGUUGCCGAGGAGGACGCGUCGCAGUCCAUGCUCAACAACGUGGUGGGCGCGGACGCCGUGGCGGAAACCGCGGCCAGAUUGACGGGCAUCCCCGUGACCAAGUUGACCCAGGCGGAAAACACCAAGUUGAUCAACAUGGAGAAGGUCUUGUCCUCGGAGGUCGUCGGCCAGAGUGAGGCCGUGAAGGCCGUGGCCAACGCGGUCAGGUUGACGCGCUCCGGCUUGGCCAACCCGGACCAGCCAGCGUCGUUCUUGUUCCUCGGCUUGUCCGGGUCCGGUAAGACCGAGUUGGCCAAGAAGGUCGCGGGCUUCCUCUUUGCCGACGAGAAGGCCAUGAUCCGCAUCGACUGCUCCGAACUCGGCGACAAGUGGUCCGCGUCCAAGUUGCUCGGUGCCGCGCCGGGAUAUGUGGGCUACGAGGAGGGCGGCAUUCUUACCGAGGCCGUGUUGAGGAGACCCUACUCGGUCAUCUUGUUCGACGAGGUCGAAAAGGCAGCGCCCGAGGUCUUGACUGUGCUUUUGCAGAUUCUAGACGACGGCAGAGUCACUUCGUCGCAAGGCAAGGUCAUCAACUGCUCCAACGCAAUCAUCAUCAUGACCUCCAACUUGGGCGCCGAGUACAUCAAUGCAUCCAAGGGCGCCAAGGUCGACCUGGAGACCAAGGACUUGGUGAUGGAGGCCGUCAGACACCACUUCCGGCCCGAGUUCCUCAACCGGAUCUCGUCGAUGGUGGUGUUCAACCGGUUGUCAAAAAAGGCCAUCGCCAAGAUCGUGCGUAUCCGCUUGAAGGAGAUCCAGAACCGCUUUGUCGAGAACGGCAAGGCCGUGACUUUGGACGUCGACGACGCCGCCUUGGAGUACUUGUGCGACAAUGGCUACUCGCCCGACUUGGGCGCGAGACCUUUGAAUCGUCUUAUCCAGAGAGAGGUGCUCAACAAGUUGGCCAUUUUGUUGUUGAAGGGCCAGAUCAAGGAUAAGGAGACUGCGCGUGUGACAUGCACGGACUCGGGCUUAGAAGUAUUGGCCAACCACGAGGCUGAGAUAGAAGAUGAAGAAAUGGACGACUGGCAGGCCAGUGAGGACGACGAUUUUGCUGACGAGCUUGAUUGA